AUGUUGCGUGCGUCGGUUUGGUGUUCGCUGCUGCUGGCACUCAUUUGUUCGACAAGUUACUCUAGUGGAAUAAACCUUUCCAUACGUGGCCUCGGUGAGGUUCAGGGAUCAGAAACGAAAACCGCACGCACUGAGCAGGUAGUGCUUCAGUUUUUAAACAUUCCAUACGCAGAGCCACCGGUAGGACAGAGGCGUUUUAAAGCCCCGGUUGCCUUGAGUCCUUGGAAUGGGGUGAAAGAUGUCACCAGGCCCGGUCGCCCCUGCCCACAACCGGGUAUUACCGAUCAGAUUACCCCAAGUGAAAUAACCUCCGCCGUCGAGGACUGUCUGUCGCUCUCGGUCUACACGAAAAACGUAACGGCUAAGCUACCCGUCAUGGUGUACAUCCACGGGGGAUCAUUUUAUCUCGGCAAAGCAGCAGACCAUCCUCCGAACUAUCUUCUAGAACGCGAUGUUUUGCUAGUGGCCAUCCAGUAUCGACUCGGUGCCCUCGGGUUCCUCUCCACGAUGUCAUCCACCAUACCCGGCAAUGCAGCGAUGUUGGAUAUCAUUCUGGCACUGAAAUGGGUUCAAGAUCAUAUAUCGGACUUUGGAGGAGAUCCGGGACGUGUAACGGUGUUCGGUCAAUCGGCGGGGGCUGCCGCAACAAGUGCUCUCUUGUACAGUCCUCUCGUACCACCGUCGUACUUCUCUCAAGUAAUUCUACAAUCUGGUGGAGCGACGGUAGCCUGGGCAAACGACCCUAACCCGGUAGAAAACGCAAAAGAAAUCGCCAGGUUUGCGGGUUGUGACACGGUCCGGCCUAUAGAAGACAUCGAAAGGUGUCUAUUAGAACUACCUGUGCUUAAGCUGCUGAAGGCUUUAGAUUUGCACACGCAAGAACGCACACUAAAUCAGGGCGUUAACAACGUUGGAGGUUGCGGCAUGGUUAUCGGCGGUCCAUCCAGCUUUCUUGACGCUGCUCCGUUUGAUAAAAUACGAUCAGGACGAGUGCGCAAAGAUGUCCGGAUUAUGGCCGGAGUAACGAAGCACGACGGAUCGUUCAUGGUGGCCGAAGUCUAUGAUGCGUUGUUGGCGAUGAAUCUUACUGAAGACAAGCAAUUCAACCAAUAUGACCUGAUCGACAUGGUCAACCGGGUCUACGGCAUCGAUGAUCACAGUGGUGCAUUAGCUGGCUUUGAAGUGGAAUCUCUUUUCUCCGAGCAAGACAUAAAUAGUGGAAAUUUUACUCAACUGAUGGCAGGAAUUAUAGAUAUUGCUGGAGCAAUUACCAUAAAAGCCCCAGUUCUUCGUGAUGUUCAGAGCAAUGUGCGCCACAGUGAAAAGGAAACGUAUCUGUACUCGUUCGAUUACAAGGGUGAACACACCCGUUUUGGAUACGGUGCCAGCACGGCACACUAUCCGUUCGAAGGUGGAGCACACCAUUCGAACGAUAACAUCUAUCUGUUUCCGUAUCCAUCCUUUGCGGCUAACUUGAACGCAGCCGACACGAUGAUGUCAGAAAUUAUGGUGGACCUUUGGACGUCUUUCGCCAUCGAUGGAGUUCCAAGAUCGAACAGAGGUGUUCCAACAUGGCCGAAAGUCAAUGGACCGACUGGCCCAUAUCUGCAUAUCAAUAAUCCCGCCACUAUUGGAACCAAUUUUUACGAUGAGUAUGCUGUCAGCGUUCACGGUCGAUCAGGAGCUGGUAUUGCUUAUUGGUAG